GGGAGGGCAGUUUCCCACGUGGGGCUGACGCCGGCUGCUCCGCCGCUGCGGCCCGGUGCUGGGCUAUAAAGCGAGGCGGCUGCGAGGGAGGCAGCGCGGCGGCGACGGCAGCAGGCGCCGCUCCGGACCCGCACAUCGGGCUGCCGCGGAGCCCGGCUCCGGCCAGCGUCGGCUGCCUUGCGGGGGGGUCGCGGCCGCUGCAGGGCCCGGCUCCCGGGAGAGCGACGGGGACCCCCCCCACCGCGUCGUGUCCCCUGCUGGGCUGCGCGGACGGAGCCCCCUGCGGUGCCUCGGCUUUGCUUUCCUGCUGGACGCUGCUGCGGGGCGGGGCGGGGCGGGGCGGGGCGGGGGGGGAGAGAAGAUCCAGCCAAGCGCUUCCACCCGGACCCCCCCCCGCCACAUCGCCCUCCCCCUUAGCGGGAGCCCUUGCUGAACAUGCCAGCCCCCCGCCCCCCCCCGCCCAGGUAAGGUGAACUUUAUUGCGGAGCCUUGAGCAGUCCCGGAGAACUCGUCCCAGCCGUGCCGAACCUGCUCUGGGCGGGGGGGGGGCCAAGCCUCGGCCCCCCCGGCAGCCGGCGGCCACGGAGCUGGAUCCCACCGCGGGAGGGGCGGCCGCUUGCCGCUUAUAAAAGCCCCAGACCGAGCAACGGGACGGAGACGCUGCCCCCCCCCACGCGGCGAGCCGCGGCGGCGAGAGGCGGCUGCUGGUUGCGCUGAGCUCGGCCCCUCGCUCCGCCGGUGCGGCCGCCGGCCCUUGGGUUUCGGGGUGACGCCUAGCGGGCCGCCUGGGUUUGAUGUUUACCCUGGAGACCCCGUUCACGGAGAGGGGGCGCUUCCUCUCUGCCAUGGAGUACCAGCACCUGCCUCCUGCUGGCAACGGGAGCCUGAACGGGAGCGACGCCGGGCUGAGGGGAGGCACCCCAUACCCUCUCCACACCACCCUCGCCCUUAUCAGCCUGGCCGGGCUGCUCAUGCUCUUCACCGUCUUCGGCAACGUGCUGGUCAUCAUCGCCGUCUUCACCAGCCGUGGGCUCAAGGCCCCCCAGAACCUCUUCCUGGUCUCCCUGGCCUCGGCGGACAUCCUGGUGGCCACGCUGGUCAUCCCUUUCUCGCUGGCCAACGAGGUGAUGGGCUACUGGUACUUUGGCAAGGUCUGGUGCGAGAUCUACCUGGCCUUGGACGUGCUGUUUUGCACCUCCUCCAUUGUGCACCUGUGCGCCAUCAGCCUGGACCGCUACUGGUCCAUCACCCAGGCCAUCGAGUAUAACCUCAAGCGCACGCCGCGCCGCAUCAAGUGCAUCAUCUUCAUUGUCUGGGUCAUCUCGGCCGUCAUCUCAUUCCCGCCCCUCAUCUCCAUCGAGAAGAAGAACGGGCAGCAGGCCGACCGGGCAGCAGGGUGCAAGAUCAACGACGAGAAGUGGUACAUCAUCUCCUCCUGCAUCGGCUCCUUCUUUGCCCCCUGCCUCAUUAUGAUUCUGGUCUACGUACGUAUCUAUCAGAUUGCCAAGAGGAGAACCCGGGUGCCCCCCAGCAAGAGAGCAGAACACCCCAAUAAAAGGCAAAAUGGCUUGGCAGAUAAGGAGGAGCUGCCAGCAGCAGCCAAGCUCAAUGGGGAGAAGGUGACGGAGGGAGAAGGAGGGCAGGAGAGGGAACUCAAUGGCAUAGACAUGGAGGAGACUUCCUCCUCUGAGCACAAUGAGAACCACCAGUGCAGGAAGCAAGGGAGGCCCCAGAGAUGCAAGGGCAAGACCAAGCUGAGCCAGAUCAAGCCGGGGGACAGCUUGCCCAGGAGGAUGGAGGAGGAGAGGAAUGCCAAAGCAUCCCGGUGGAGGGGCAGGCAGAACCGGGAGAAGCGCUUUACCUUUGUGCUGGCGGUGGUGAUUGGGGUCUUCGUCAUAUGCUGGUUUCCCUUUUUCUUCACCUACACGCUCACCGCUGUCUGCAAGAGCUGCUCCGUGCCCGACACCCUCUUCAAGUUCUUCUUCUGGUUUGGUUACUGCAACAGCUCUCUGAACCCUGUCAUCUACACCAUCUUCAACCACGACUUCAGGAGGGCCUUCAAAAAGAUCCUCUGCAGGAUAGACAGGAAAAGGAUUGUUUGAUGAACAGACCGUUUUCUGUCAGCAUGACUGGUGACUAAAGACUCUACCGUGUGAGGGUGAUGCUCAGCUGCCUUGGGCUGGACUUGCAAGUGAAUAGUUUCCUCUGACAUGCAGGUGGGACCCCUUUAAAAACUGAGAUGAAACUAUUAAAACACCAAGCAACAACAACAAAGUAAGCAAGGGAAACACACAGCCUCAGCAUUUGGGUUUGCCAGUGGAUCAUUUCUGGUUUUGGAUGGGUUCAUGACUUAUAAGCUUGACUCUUUAAAAAUUUAAAUGAAAUUCAGAAAUCAACAACAAAGAGAAAAUAUACAGGCCCACGUGAACAAUUUUUUUUUUUGGAUGUAUAAGUAACUUUAAACUCCUUGUAAAAAUACAGUGUUCCAUCCCUGAGAUCCCUCUGUCUUAAUUUUUGUAAGGAAGUCAGCUUUGAAACUAAGAAUGCUUUAAAUAGUCUUGACAACUUGAAGCAUAAAAACUAUUGGAGCCAUCUCAUCGACCCUGCAGUUCAAUAGUAUUACCAAGAUUUCCAAUGUGCUAUUAGAUUUUUGGCCAUAAAGCUUGUAAGCGCAGACCCGACCAUAUUAGAGGAUAUUUUAUGUACCUGAUUCUGUUUCCUUUUUGUGCUCUCUAUUAUUUAGUAUUGCUGAAAAGGUAACAUUCCUCUUUCUGCUAAUUGGAAGAAAAAAAAAAAAAGCCUAACAGUUUCACAAUGCAAU